CAAGAGAGUGAGGGUUGUCUUGAUUGCAAUUUCAAAGAUCAUCUCUCUCCACUCUCCUCUUUCAGUCACUAUCUUCACGCACUCACUCACUCGUAUAACUCACCACACUCGUGGCCCAUCCUGUCUGAUCACCCCUUUCCAAAACCCUAAUUUUCUCCCUUUUUGUGAUCUACUAUUUUUUUCUUCAUCAUCAUCCUCCAACGAAUUGCAUUCAUCGCGUUUCCCUUAUUCCCCGUUAAAGGGGACCCUAAUUUGAUGUAAAAAUCAAAUCUUUUUUUUUUUGGUUUCUUUCCCCCAAUUUUCUUUGUUUCUGAUGAAUUUGGGAAUCUGAACAAUUUUCCAUUUUUGUGAAAAAAAAUAAAUCUUUCCCUUUUUCUGAGGCUAUAUAUUGUAAAAUUGUUGUUGGGGUUUUGUUGUGUUUGGUUGAGAUUCCACCAUGGCUGCGGCUACUGAGAUUCCUUCCUCUGCUGAUGCUGCUGCUGCUGCUGCUACUGGCAGCAAAUUGGACUCAAAACCAAACCUGGAUUCUGAAUUCAACAUGCAGAAACUUGUUGACAUUUUCACCAAGUUGAAUCCUUUGGCUGAGGAGUUUAUCCCUUCAUCCUAUGCUGCUGCUGCCCACCGUGAUCACCUUCAUCAGGGCUUUAAUCAGUGGUCACCUAACCCAUUUCUGGUCAACAACAACAACAACAAGCCCUUAGCUGAUGAUCAGUACCCGAACGCGAACAAUCGAAGGAGAAGAAACAAUUUUAACCAAGGGGGAAGGAGAUUUACUGGAAGAGUACUUAAGGCUCAGAGAGAAGACAGCGUUAGAAGAACGGUUUAUGUUUCUGAUAUUGAUCAGCAUGUAACUGAGGAGCGGCUUGCUGCCUUAUUCACCACUUGUGGAUCAGUAAUUGAUUGUCGAAUUUGUGGUGAUCCACAUUCAGUUCUCCGUUUUGCAUUUGUGGAGUUCGCAGAUGAGUAUGGUGCAAGGGCAGCUUUAAAUCUCAGUGGCACUGUCCUUGGAUACUAUCCAGUCAGGGUGCUUCCUUCAAAAACUGCUAUUCUUCCUGUGAAUCCUACAUUCCUUCCUAGGUCAGAUGAUGAGCGUGAAAUGUGUUCCAGGACUGUCUACUGUACAAAUAUUGAUAAAAAGGUUUCUCAGGCUGAAGUGAAGAAUUUUUUUGAAAUAUCUUGUGGUGAGGUUACUCGCAUACGGCUCUUGGGAGAUCAUGUGCAUUCAACUCGAAUUGCUUUCGUGGAAUUUGCAAUAGCAGAAAGUGCCAUUAUUGCCCUAAGUUGCAGUGGGAUGCUCUUGGGAACCCAGCCAGUCAGGGUUAGCCCUUCAAAGACACCUGUGAGGCCAAGGGUUCCUCGCCCAACAACAGCACAUUAGCUGAUCAAUGUGAUCCAAGACUUGCACUGGCGAUUUGCUCAACUUUCCAGUUGUGACUUUUCUGGAAGGGUGGUGAAACUUCCCUUUGUUUCAACAUUUUGAUAUUUUCAUUCCCCGCAGUUACUUUUUAUUCGAAGAGCAUGUGUUAUCUGCUCUAAGUUAAACUUUCUAUGCACCAGUCUCCAUCGAAAGAUUUAUUAGGCCAGUUUAAAGUAUUUUAUGGUUAUGAUCAAGCACUGAUCAUACUUUAAUUAGUUUUAAACUUUGAAAUUCA